AUGUCUUCAAGUAAUCAGCCAAUGGAGGCAUUAUCUACAUUCAGAGACGAUUUAAUCACACCAUCUGUUGAUAAUAGUAAAAGUAGUGACGGAAAGAUUUUUAAUUACAAGAAAUACCUUAAAAAUCAAAAUACAAAGUCUCGUAAAGCUGUAGCAUUCUUUACAUCUCUUGUAUUAAUAGUUGGAUUAAUUAUGCUUUCCAAAGUAGUUCAUUCUUCACUCACAGAUAAUAGAGAGGAAAAUGGCGACGAUAAGCCGAAAUCCCUUGAUCUUAGGUUGUACAGUCAUAACAUCAGAUACGAUAAUAGAAACCUUGAAAGGGGAGAACACUUAUGGCUGGAAAGAAAGCAUUUAAUGACUUCCUCUGUGAAAUUUCACACUGAAAGUUCUGGUUCAUCUGUUAUAGGAUUACAAGAAGUCUUGCAUGGUCAAUUGCAAGACAUUUUAGAAAUUUUGAAUUAUGGCAAUAAUGAUUGGACUUAUUAUGGAGUCGGUAGAACGGAUGGCAAAGAAUCCGGGGAGUAUGCUCCAAUUUUGUACAAAAAAUCCCAGUGGGAUUUGAUUGGAAAUAGAACGUUUUGGCUUAGCGAGACCCCAGAUGUACCAAGUAUUGGAUGGGAUUCAGUCUUAGAACGUAUUGUAACCAUGGUAACAUUGAGAUCUGUGGUAUCUCCAUCUCAUACCAUAAAUGUUUUCUGCACUCAUUUUGACCAUAUCGGUGUUGUAGGUAGAAGAGAAUCUGCAAAGCUUAUUAUGGAUAGAAUGGAAAAUUUUAAUGAGUACCCUUCGUUCCUUUUAGGUGACUUUAAUACCGAACCAAAAGAUGAGCCUUACAAAAUUUUAAAAAGUCACGGAAUUAAGGACAGUAGAACAUUGGCAACAUCCAGGGAAAGCUAUGGACACGAUUAUACGUUUACAGGAUGGGAUAUCAACAAAGAAGCAAAUACAAUUAUUGAUUAUAUAUGGUCUCCUUCAUGGUCAACUAAUUCAACAUCAAUUGGAGUCUCCACAGCAAGUGGAGGUUCCCCAACAAAAUAUCCUAGAACCUCCAUUCAAAUUAAAAAUUUCGGAGUACUCCACUCCCACUUUGGUUUUUAUAUGAGCGACCAUCGCCCUGUUGUUGCAUUGUAUGAAUUGAAACAUUAA